UCGUUGGCAUGAUGCUUUCCGAAAGUAAACCGCCCGCAUUAACGAUAUGUGUGCGUAGAAAACUUUAUUUCAUGCCAUGUUGUAAAUAAGCAGAAUAAUAAAAAUGAAGCUGAUGAAAUUAAUGCAUCAUCCCAAGACGUUCUGUGAUGACAGCAUCAUCAUAAACGGGAAAGAUUACCCAGCACUGAAAAAUGGAGAUGUCGUGGAGAUAUAUCUUCCUGACGACGCAUUCAGCCGACUGCUGGUCCAGGUGACAAACAUAAGGGACGACUCUCAGCAAAAGGACACAAUUAGCGUUGAACAAUGCCUGGCAAAUAUGUUCCAACUUCGGGCCUACGCAGACGUCAUUGUCAACCGUGUUGACCCAAAGGCAGUUGCUUUGGACUCAGUGGAACUCAUCUUCAAGGACCACUAUCUUGCAAGGAGCGACAUGUGGCGUUGGAAACAGGCCAUGGUUAAUACUUGCGUGUAUCCGAAGAAAGUCGUUGAGAUUCAUGCUAGCAGGUUACAAGUGUACGAAAUGUGGGCUCACGGAGAGCAAGUAGCCUCGGGCGUCAUCACGGACGAUACGAAGAUCGUGUACCGCUCUGCCAGCAGCAUGAUUUACCUGUUCAUUCAGAUGAGCUCUGAAAUGUGGGACUUCGACAUCAACGGGGACCUCUACUUCGAAAAAGCAGUCAACGGUUUCCUGUGCGACCUCAUUGCAAAGUGGAAGGACAUGAAAUGCAACCAUGACAUCACCAUAGUCCUGUUUUCGAGGAUAUUUUACGAAGUCAAGAGCAAAGAUCAAUUUCCAAAGCACAUGACCGAGUGCAUACAAGUAGACCACAAAGGGCGUUUCUACGAGGACUUUUACAGGGUUGCAGUUCAAAAUGAGCGCAUUGACGAUUGGACCCAAACCAUUCGUCUACUGAAAACCUUAUUCAACCAGUACGAGCACAUAGUCCUGGAUCACCACAAGCGUUCGGAUGUGCGCAUUCCAAAUGCAGUAAUUUCCAACUCUUCACAAGGAAACUUUCUUGAGGUGCUCAACAUGUCACUAAAUGUGUUUGAGAAGCACUUCAUGGACCGGAGCUUCGAUCGUACCGGGCAGCUGAGCAUCGUAAUAACACCGGGUGUCGGUGUCUUCGAAGUGGACAGGGAUCUGACCAACAUCACGAAGCAACGAAUCAUUGAUAAUGGGAUUGGUAGCGACCUUGUCUGCCUGGGAGAGCAGCCUCUGCAUGCUGUUCCCCUGUUCAAGUUCCACUCGAGACACAUCUUGGGAGGCAAUUUGAAAGACGACUACAAUAUGCCCCACUGGAUCAACUUGAGUUUCUACUCGUCGAACACUUCAAGCACCUACUCAAAGUUUGUGCCCAGGAUAAAGUUGCCAACACCUCAGCCAAAGCUCUUCCAACAAAGGUCCCUAGGUUCCAAUGCAUACAUUUGCAGAAGUCAGCCGUCCAUACCACUUUCGGACAGUAUAUCAGUUGUGUAUGACUACGAUGAAUAUGACGCCAGUGUUUUCAAGGGCUGCUCUCCAACUCAGUGGGGACCCAAGGUCAGCACCCCUCAGCAAGCGCACGUGCGCCGCCGGUCUCACCUCCCCUUUCCGACACGCCCCCUCGGAAGUGACGACAGCCCUGCUUGCUCAACGUUGCCGGAGGUGGGCACGUCGGUGUCCAGUGGGUCUUCUCAUUCCCGAUCUGGCGCCAUUUUUAUACCCAGGCGGGGUGGCUCCUCCUGUGGUAGUUCACAGACAUCUGUCCUUGGAAGCGACGACCUGGAGAGGUUCAGAGUUCAGGAGAAAGCAAAAGACGACCUGGAGUUUGUUCAGUCUCCUCCUCACCGCACCGUCGUGGGCAGUGCAGGUCAACUGCCGGACAUGUUUCAGGAGAAGCAGAAGGCGCGUCUGCCAAGAGCACUGAUCAACCCCUUCGAUCCGUCACAAGUAACAAUUAAGCUGACGUCAAACAGACGACGAUGGACGCACGUUUUCCCCUUAGGUCCAACUGGAAUCUUCAUGCAGCAGCAUCAUUACCAAGCAAUUCCACAGAACAGUAGUAAAACGAGCCACCCAGCCCAAUCUGAAAGAGUACCACAUAAGAGAAGUACGAGAGAAGGUUCUCUCCGCUCAAGGUCCGUCCUUGGGUCAACUUCAAACUGUGAGACCCCAAUUGCAAAGACAGGUCACAGCUGGCUAUGGGGAACAACUGGAGAACAGGAGUGGACUCCAGCUUUGACUACAGGUGUGGACUGGAAGAGCUUGGUUAUACCAGCCUGUCUACCCAUCACAACUGACUUCUUUCCUGACAAACACAGUCUUCAGUAUGACUACGUGGUGUCUGACUACAGCUUGGUUCCUGAAGAACAUGCAUCUGAGAUAAAUCAGAGCAGGCGUUAUAGGGCUGAAGAGGAGUACAAGCACCAUAAACCAAUGUCAACGCUGCAGGUGUAUCAAGAACUGAUUUGUCAGAGACUGCAGCAGGGAUUUCAGAUAAUCAUGUUGAUCAAGAAACCAACUCCGAGUAACGCUGCUCGGUCCACGCCUGGCUCCAGCGUAGUAAGAGGGCAUCCGGAUUCCACGGAACAAAAGGAAGAAUGCCGAAUGAGCAUAGGAAGAAUCUUCCACACCAUGUCGCUUAAUGGGCCUGUCAUCACCGUUACGCAGUAUCGUCCACGACACGCAUCACGAGAAGUCAAGCCCAUUCGCUACACUUACGAGUUUCAAGCCCCUGGAAGCAGUACGUAUGGUGUUGCUCAUGUGACAUUCUACAGUGAAAAAUUGGAAAAUUUCAACUGGAGCUACCUGGAUCACUACAUCUGCAUUCGUGGAGAACGAGAGUACGGCCUCAGGGAGACCCUGAAGUACUGGCGCCUGAGGAUGCUUCUCCUGCCGGGCCUACAAGCUGCUACCAGGAAAAUAAUUGACCACAAGUCAAAGUGUGACAUCUAUCCUGACUUCACUGCCGAAGAUGGAGCGACUCAAAGGGAGGCCUUCCUCAAAUUCCUCGAAAUUAUGAACAGAAUCAAACGGCCUGCAAAUACGAGACGCUCAAAGUCUGUAGGUGCCUGGGUGCGCAAACCCUCCAAGAGGGCUUCUGUUGCUGGAACGACCUCCCCACUGCCAGCAUUGCUGACACAAGUAGCGCCACCGCUCGCGCCGUCGGCGGUGUCGCCACAGACUGCCGGCCCUGGGCUACCCAGUUUCCGAGAGCGUGGCGGCAGCAACAAGGUACACGACCGACCUCGCAGUCGACACUUAGAGCUGCGCUCUGAACCCGGCACGGGAGGAAGGGUAUCACCCGCUGUGGAGGCUGAUGCGAAGGCAAAUAGCAUGAGUAUAUCGCAAGAAGGAAUGCCUGAAGCUGUGAACGUGGAAACGUCAGAGGAAACGGGGCCUGCUGAGCAAAAGAAGGUCACAACGCUAUCUACUUCUGCGGAAAUCGUGGAGGCGAUGAAGCAUCAAAGCGAGGGCCUUUCAUUUCUGCCGCAACAAAGUGGUGUUCCGCAGCAUUCGUUCAUCAGUGCUGAAGCUGUCUGCUGGGUUAAAGAUCAGGUAGAUGGCAUACAGACUGAGGCUGAAGCUAUUCAGCUAAUGCAGAAACUGCUUUCGGAGGGCUACCUCUGCCAUGCUUCCGGCGUCACAGAGCAUCCUUUUGUCAACGGCUUCUACAUAUACUACCUGCCAGACAAGAAUGCCAAAGGUGGACAAACUGAGGAUGCAGACCUCGACGCUUACAGAAACGAAUGGUUCGAGGUUGAAUUGCUGCCUCAGAAUGAAGACAGUUUCAGUGGCUCGAGUGAAUUUGAGGUCCUGGAUAAUGACAUCAAAGAAAACUUGACGUUUCGCAGCGUGAACAUAGACAUAGACGUCAGUGGUCGGUCUGACCGACCAGAAUGGGGGCAUGCGCAAUAUCACAGCAUAUUUCAACCGGGCGAAGCCUUUGAGUUCAUCAUGGAGUGGAUGGUUGCAACCGGAUACAUAAUUGCUGAUCUGGUCUUGGGCUGGGCUCGGAAGGCCAACAGUCAAGGUUUGCAACUGGUACCCAUCCCGUGCGAGCCAUUUGUGCUCCCCAACACACCAAAGUCUGACCCUCUGAGAUGCGCCAUCUUUAUUCCUCUGCUUGUGCAGGAUCUACAAGACCCUGCAUCGCAAGUUCUGCAUAAUGAAGGGUUGGAACGAUUCCAGGAGUAUGUGGUUAGAAGGUUUGGCUUCAUUCCCCUGAGAGACCUCCAUGCUGUCACAUACCAAAAGACGUUUGUGCACACCACUGGAGGGAUGUUCUUGAUGAUCCCGUUGAGGGAGAGAACCAACGAAGAGUUGAUCGACACACCCGAGACUGACGUUGGAUUUAUGUGGUCGUGGAACUACAUGAUCACCAAGCGGUGGAAGAACACGGCAACCAUCGACGAAAACUUCAUGCGAGCUGUCAUGCAGGACUUCAAGGCGCUGUGUGGCAACCAAGAAAACCGACUUCAAGAUGCGUUCGAUUCUUGGCUUACCUCUGGGUCUGAUGUCACUGCAGAGUUUUUCCCACACAUUGAUCAUUGAUUGCUAAUCCUGGGGUUCAUCCCAGUCAUAGCUGCGGUUGACAGUAUGUGGCGCACGUGCGUGAUAGUGCUUUGAGUUGAAUCCUGGUGAUGCAAGGCUUUCGUAAAGCCGUUGUUUUGAAUGUACAUAAUGUAUCAUACUUUUUUCUAAUGUAUACGUAUUAAAUGCUACUUUGUUAGUAUGAAC